CAGGAUCCAUGGACAGUCACUUCAGCCAGCCGUCGAGAAAAAUAGUCGCCAUCAUGGCACACGACUGCGACAUUCGUGCAUGGCGGGUGGGGUUCCACGCCAGCGUAAAAGCCAGGCCAUGCAACGACCGGCGAGAAACCGUGGUAGUGUGUGGGAUGAAUGCCAAGGUCCCUAGUCCUGGCAAGACCACUGCUUGGGUUUCGAGCCCUACAUGAUGCUCAGUUGGCCUCCUACGACGCAUCAUGACGCAUAGCGCGCCGACGAUUCUCCGACUGGCGAUGCAGCAGCAGGUUAGGAGCCGGGUGAGAUGACGAGCACAAUGCGUGGGGAAAUCCGUCGUUGGCGAGAGUAACAAUGUCGUCGAGCUUCCUUCGUUCAUUUCGUCCCCUCCUUGUCGACGACGAGAUUCGAGCACACAAGUGACUAGGACCCAGUACGGCUGCCAAGGACCCUACGCAUCUUGAAUGGAUCGCGCAGCGAAUUUCGACUAGCCGCGUGCUAUCUGCGUUCUUGUCACCCCCCGCCUCAAAUCCUCUCGACCUCGGCUCCUCCCUCCGCAUCACCACGUCUCCACCCCUUCCCUGCCUCGGGCCUCCUCCUUAGCCCGCUUCUUCUUUUCCGCGUCGCCCAUGUGCAUCCUGCUGCCGUGCGCCGACCCCGCCACGCCCGGCGUGUGGUGGCGCGACGACGCGCAGUGGCGCCGCUACCCGCUGCACCUCGAGAACGCCAUCCGCAAUGCUAUUUCCAGGGGUCUCCCGUCCCUCGAUCUCGGCACCUUCACGUCCGACGUGUACCCUAACGGCGCGCGCUAUACCGCGGAUCUGCGCGCCAUGAGGCAGCGGAACGUGGGGAGCGGAUACGCGCGCGACAUCAGGGUGAUCGGCGGGCCGCCGCCUGCGCCUGCACCGUCCCAGGCCUUGGGGAUGCCGAGCCAGCAGGGCCUUCAGCUGCCCGGGGGAGCACCUUUGCCAACCAUCCACUGGCGAGACAACAACAACAAUCUCCGCCAGUACGACGCCGCCACGUCCCGCGCCAUUUUCCGAGCCGGAGCCCAGGGCUACUCGUUCGCGCAAACCGCCCCCAUCGUCACCGCCGCAUAUCCCAUGGGGAUAGUGUACACAGUGGACCUGCAGCGCAUGGUGCAGCGCAACCCGUUCACGGGCCGAGAGAGGGAUAUCGUGGUGCAGUUCCCGCACAACCCGUUUGAGUUGCUCAAGCUGGCUCUGGGGGUCACAGGGCAGGACCGCAAGCAGCUGCUUGGAGCGACAUUGGAGGCGUUUUGCUCGGAGGACAGUGUGAUGAGGAUGCUGUCAGGCAAGGUGGCGCCCUACCAGAUCAUCGGGAAGCGGCGCAACCCCAACCUGCAGCCGGGGCAGCCUGUAUUUGACAAGUUUGUGGAUUCCAUGGAGGGGAUCGCCACCGGCUGUGCUAAUCUGAGCCCCAGCAAUCUCAUUGAUGGGCAAACCCAAGCGAGUGGCCUGCCUCUCCCCUUGCAGCUCGCAUUCCACGGCACCCCGCCUGAAAACAUCAACUCCAUCUUCAAGGAAGGCAUGAGGUCCACCCGCCACUGGUUCGGCUGCACUGCGAGCAUCAGCAGGUCGUAUGUCACUCCGACUCGCACAGGGCCUGCUGGGCCGGUAUGGAAGCUGAUUCUGUUUGUGCUGCUCAUGGUGCAGACUGUGGUUUCGUCCAAGUCCGACAGCGUGGUGGUGAUGACUAGUGCGCAUCACGAGCUGCCUGUAUAUGAGAUUACCUUUCAGGGUUAGGAAAGAGGAGUAUUUAGUGGCCUCGACAUUGACAUGGACAGCAUAGACUGGCCCUUUCACGGCUCUUUGUGUACAGUAGUAUGCGCAUUGUACAGCUCUUUUGUUCAGUUGUAUGCUGCUAAAG